AUGAGUCGAUACGCAGAGUUCGCGGUCUUUCUGGCGUUCGUCUUCGACGUGACGUCCGGCCAAUGGUUGACACCUUUUUCGGGAACUAUUACCAUAGCUCCAAAUGAGACCGCCGUAUGCACUUCGCAACUUAUGUGCGUUGAACACAAGUGCAACGAAGGAAGAUGGUGCGUACAAUCGGCCGAUGGCAAAUGGGUGCAAUACGGUAUUAUAACUUGCGACUCCAAUACACCUGAGCGCUACUGCAACAACGGUGUAUGUUCCAGGAUACCGGAACCCCGUUGCGACCCGUCGAUAUUUAGUUGUCCUGCAGUGGACGGCGUGUAUCCCGAUCCAGAGGAUUGCACACGUUAUCACAUAUGCAUAAGAGGUUUUCGCACAACCAACGUAUGUCCGUUGAACAAUGUCUACGAUCAUGCUACAGGCAGCUGCAAGUAUCGACGCCUGACUUCCGAUUGCGUGCGAUUCGUUUGCGGCAAUCAAGACGGUACGCCGAUCGUGUAUCCACGGGACGACCGUAUUUACGGCAGAUGUUUCGGCGGCAAGGCGUACAUCUCCGGACGGUGCCAAGAAUACGAGAAGUACAACCUGAUCUCGCAGAGAUGCGAGAGACAUUGCAGAUCGACCGGUACUCAGCCGCCGGAUCCUGGCAGUUGCGGAACGUUCUUCCUGUGCGCCGAAUUGUCACCCCAUAAGUACACGCCGGUGGAGAUGUCCUGCGGCUGCGACCAAGCGUACGAUGAAAAAGAGAAACGCUGCACGUCAAGCGCUCCUUGCAUAAGCGAGACUCCUGAAGUACGUUGCAAAUCGCAAGAAAAUAAUACGACUAAAAAGUCCGGUGAUGGCAAUGAUAAUGAAGAAUCCCAGGAACAGACAACAAAGUCCCAGGAACAGACAACAAAGUUCCAGGAACAGACAAUAAAGUCCCAGGAACAGACAACAAAGUUCCAGGAACAGACAUCAAAGUCCCAGGAACAGACAACAAAGAAAGCCCAGAAACUUUCAUCGAUCGUUGAUAGUCCUGAAAAUCCAGACGUCGACAAGGACCGACAAUCCCGAAAUGAACGGCGAAGCAUAUUUUCUUUAAUGAACAAACGCGGUAAUCGAAACAAUAAUAACGAUGAUUCCAAUUUCGAUAACACGCCAUCGAAUCUCUUGAUAAAGGACAAUGCAGAUGACAACAAUAAUAACGUUGCAGCCAACGGUGAUAGUGACGUUGAUAAAAGUUUGGCUUGGUGGACAAGCGCAGAUAACAAUGGUAAUAAUGAUAAUAAUAAAAAUCCUGGAAUCAAGCAACGAGAGAAUUCCUUGAGAGGUAUCAUUGACUGGAUAACACGCAUAAUUACUUCAAUCUCAGGACGAUCUGCGAACCCAUGGAAUUAAUAACAAUACUAUGUUAUUGCACCAUACCGUCAAUGGUUGAAAAUAUAUAUUUCGCAUUAAAGCGCAAUCUUGCGAAUAUCUGUUACUUUUUGUUUCAUUGCAAAAAUGUGGUGAUAUUGAAUAAUCAUAUAUAUUUAUCAUUCAACCGAGUUAUGUAUUACUUCGUUUCGCAUUGA